CUGUUUUGGGAGAAACGACUGCAGGGUUUGAGUGCCUGUGACAUAGCCGAGCAAAUCAUUAAAUCAAUGGAACUUCCCAAAGGAUUGCAAGGUAUUGGUCCUGGUCAUACAAAUGAGGCGCUAUUGUCAGCAAUAGCAAGUGCUUUGCAUACCAGUUCUGGACCCAUUACAGGGCAAGUGUCUGCAGCUGUAGAAAAGAACCCAGCGGUUUGGCUUAACACUUACCAACCACUCUGCAGAGCGUUUGUUGUCACAGAUAAGGAUAUCAGCAGGAAGUAUAAAUGGAGUCGAUGGAUGAAGGCUGGUUUGUGUGAUGGACUGGGCUAUGUUCAUGAUUCUCUGUGGUUUUUUGCGGUCUUGGGAAGAUCACUUGCAAGACCAUGCUGUGAUGCAUCCAGAUAG